AUGGAUGUGGGAAUCGUUGUGAGAAACGUAUGGGAAACGAGUGUGUCUAUAAAUAGCACUCCACCUCAUCGUCUUCGUCUUCAUCUCUCUCUCUCGCUCGUUUGUUCUCUAUUGCGUCUUUUUCUCUGGUUUUCUAGUCGUUUCUCGAGGGUUCCUUCGCGAGUGUAUGGCAGUGAGCCUGUGUGCGGUGAGGUAUCGGACCUCUGCAUCGGCAAGCCGGCGCUAGGGCGACCGCUGCCCUCCACAGCCACCGUUGGUGACGCCCUUCUCGCCUCAGGAGCCGAUGCGGCGGAGAACUCUGUCAACAUCGCUGACCCAGCCCGUGCCCUCGCUGAUCCUGUCUCUGUUCUUCUCCCCAAGGAUUCCGGGCCUUGUUUUGGCCGUCUUGAGCCCAAUUCUGGUUUGCAUUCGCUCUUUUUGUCUGGGAUUCUUGGAACACCGGUGGUGCUCCAUUCGCCGGAGAAAGCUGCCCGCCGGUGGCGGCGAAGAGUUCUGCUGGUUGACCCAAGAGGACCUGUCCGCCAUUUCCUCAACUCCAUCGCUGUCAUCUCGUCGGUCGCCGCUCGCCCUGUUGCCUUCCUCAACGUCGUCCGCCUCGACUUCGUCGCCGUCCGCUACCGUGACCCCCGCCCUCUCCGCGCUCCCUCUCCGCCGUGCGAUUUUCCACCAGAAACCUCCGUCGCCGUGGUCACCGACGACGGCAAACUGAUCGGCGAGAUAUCCCCUCAACCCUCGCCAACUGCGACGAGGGGUGUUGCUGCCGCCUCGCCGCGCUCCUCGCCGGCGAUCCUCAUCAUGGCCUACAUCGACUGCUCCCCGGCCCCACCGGUGUCUGCCAUCCUCGCAGUCAAAUCCAAACUCAAAGAGAAAAACCUCACCGGCAUGCUAGAGCUCCUCGAUGAGGAAUUCUCACAAACCCUUGUCAUGCUCCUUUAUCCUCAUCCUCAGAUGAGGACGAAGACACAUCCACCAUGA